GUUAGUGCCGGAAACGGGUUCUCGGUUCUCGCGCUGCGUUAUUCGCUGCGGUUUUUUUGCGCGAGUAGCUAACAAAUAAGCCAGCCAAACUGAAAGAAAACAAAAGAAAAGGGUAUUCCCAAAAAAUUCGAAACCUUAAAAAAUAACAAUAAUAAUAACGACACUGUAAAAGAUGAGAAACGUAAAUGUCAAAUAAGUUUGCUAACUAUAACAUCUCUAAAGCCGGUCGCAACAUUAGUAGCCGUAGUUAGCGGAGUUAGCGGGUCAAUGACUGUUAGAAAUUGAAAAUUAAUUACGCUGAGUACAACGGUUUGGCGGCCGCGUCGUGGGCGGUAUAAAGUUGCAUCGGCACCUAUUCAAAUAAUCAAAUGUUUGUAUGUAUACAUGGACGUAUACUGCAUAUGAAUGGACAUCCAACAUCGCAUUGCCACAAUUGUACACGCACCUUGAAUACGACUUAACUUGAAAGGUUGAUGCCACCGAAACUGGUAGAACGCGUACAAAUUACGUGAAUGCCGGCGUGAGAACACGAAGACGUUAAAACGCACAAAACCGACGACGUAAACGGAAGAGCAAAAGUAAACUUAAUUAGAAAAUUUGUCGCACGUCUUUACCUCAGUGAACUUUCCUUAUAGGAGUAAGAAGCUUGGCACUGAAGCCUGCACGUCUCUGCUUCCGAUGUCAAGUCAAGGAUAAAUACAAUAAAAUUCCGAUUAAAAUAAAGCCGCCUGUCACUUCUAGCUGCUAAAGCAGCAUAAAAAAGAAAGCGAAAUAAUAAAACCGAGAGGACAUCGUAGGAAGCGACCCGUCUGCUUGCGCGUUCUUAUGGCCAUGUAGACCAAUAAUCCACCAAAAUAGUAAUUCUUGCAACAAACUUUAACGCUAUUUAUAACAUCAGAGCUGUGAUACACCAAAAAAAAAAAAAACAAGACAUCAAAAUGAAAAACACACACAAAAUCACGAAAGAAAGCAAAACUGAAUAAACAAAGGAAAGCAAAGGCCAAAUAAAGUGAAAUUGCAAGUAGUACAUAAAACCGUAAAAUACGCUCUUACCUAUUCAUAUAAAUGAUAUUCGAACAUACAUGUGUAUGUGUGUGUGUGUUUGUUAUACUAGGUCAUAAGCAACAUUUGUUACGAGGCAGCAGCGCAUAAAAAAGGCUCAUCACAGUAGAUUUUCUCUUGUGGCGCCACCGGCUGGGAAAAUUGUUUUUAAUACGGCAAAACGGCCCAACUAUCGCCUAUUGCCGUAAUAAGUAAUUUCGGGGGGAAACAACAACAGCACAGCAGUUGGCGUCGUGCUACGUCAGCGUUAAAAGACUUGGCAAGUCAUCGGUCUUAAAACCAUUCGUAGCGGGAUUUAAAAGCAAUAAAUGACAUGCGCCCAAUUGUCGUCAACUUUAUUUUGAAGCACUUGUCGUCCACACGCUACGGGCAUAUGUUCAACUGAAUCCGCAUGGUUUUGGGUUUCGCAGGACAUACAUUUAUUUCGGCCAAGGUGCUGUGAAGAACGUAGCCAAUCGACAACAAAACGCUGACUGGUAGCUACAAACGAAAUAGGUUGGUCAACCCAAGCGUAAUUUAUAAAAACGAACUGCCAAACUCGGCAUACGCAGCCAAAUACCAAGUGGUCGGUCAUAACACUUACGCACAUUCCUUUGCAUUUUUUUAGCAUUCGUUUUGAAAACUAUUAACACGCACCCGAGCGGCCGGGAGGCGGUUCGCAGGAAAUACAUACGAACAUACACAUGCGCUCAUAAGCUCACAGGACAAGCACACUCAUCGCGAUAUCAUUAAUUUAGAACGGAAUGGCAACGACAAUGUCUACAACACGCAAGGCGACGGUGCGGAAGGAGGAAGUGAAACAUUCAAGUUCAUCGCUGUCAUCGUUAAUCACAUGUUUUAUAUCCUGUUUCAUCGUGGCUGUGAGUUGCCUUUGUCCGCCAACAGUAGGGGCGACAGCAAUUGCUGCGGCGACAGCGUCGGUAACAUCGACAGCAUCAGCAGCAGCAGCAGCAGCAGCAGCAGCGGCAAUGACAGCUAAGGUGGCCACAGUGGGCGACGGUAGCGAAGACAGUGCAACCACCAUUGCCGGUCAAGGUGGUAGUCGUUUGGGUGUUCUGAGUAGUGGUACGGUUGGAGGCGACGGUGAAGGCAACGCUUUGAGCUGGGAUCAUGCCGUCGAUUUGAAUGAGGAUUUUCGCAUUUUAUGGACAAUCAUUAAUCAGGAUAUUACGUUCGAAAUACAAGCACGUACGCUGGGUUACGUUGGAUUUGGUUUCUCGCCCGACGGCAGCCUCGCUGGCUCUGACAUCGCCAUCGGUUGGGUAGACAAGGGUCAAACAUAUUUUCAGGAUCGUCACAUAACAAGAAAUGUAAACACGGAACCAAUUGUGGAUCCAUCUCAGGACUAUAUUCUUAUGUUGGGGUAUGAAAAUGCAACACAUACUGUCUUACGAUUUCGUCGAAAACUAGACACUUGCGACAAACUGCACGACAUCGCUAUUACGAAUAACACUAUGCGACUAAUCUAUAUGUAUCAUAGUCGCGACCCACCUCAUGGAUCAGUUCAACCUGGGACAUUACCCGAACCGGACUCCGCUUUUCGGCCAUAUCAUCCAAUGGUUCUUACCCAAAGGGCAGAAAUUCAGUUUCGGAAAGAUGAUCAAAUACGACAAAUGGAACUACGAAAUGAAGAUGUGGCGCUUCCAAGUGGAGAUAGCACAUUAUCCUGGUGCAAAAUGUUCAAGUUAGAAGAUGUCAAUCGAAAGCACCAUCUUAUCCGGUACGAACCAAUAUAUGACUCAACGUCCAGCAUACAUUAUUUACAUCAAAUUACGCUGUAUGAAUGCCAGGGAUCCCAGGCAGACCUUGAGAAAAUGGCACGAGAGCAGGGACGACAAUGUAUAGGCAAUCGGGAUAUGCCUUUAGCCUGCAAUGCCAUUGUUGCAUCAUGGUCUCGCGGUUCGGAAGGUUUUACAUUUCCGGAGGAUGCUGGCUACCCGAUCGAUUCUCAUGCUGCCAAAUACUAUCUUAUGGAAACACACUACAACAAUUUGCAGCCCGAUAACUUCCAGAGCUACAGUCGACAAAUGGCUGACAACUCGGGAUUACGGAUUUACUUCACCCAUGUACUGCGCCCAAAUGACGCUGGCAUUCUUUCAAUUGGUCUGGAUCCAAAUUGGCGACACAUAAUUCCACCCGGUCAAAGAGAAGUAAUCUCUGAAGGACAGUGUAUUGAAGAUUGUACAGCUUACGCAUUUCCUGCGCAGGGCAUAAGCAUUUUCGCGGUUAUGAUGCGUACUCACCAAAUCGGCAAAAAAGUUAAACUCCGACAGAUUCGUCAGACUGAAGAACUUUUUCCAAUCGUAAUGGACACCAACAUCGACCCAGCGUAUCAAGAAUUUCGCCAUCUGCCUGCUCCCGUGCGGUCUCUGCCUGGUGAUCGACUUAUUGCUGAGUGUAUUUACGACAGCUCCACACGAAAAGCAAUUACCCUUG